UACCAUCGACAACAUAAUACAGAUAAAAUGAAGCAAACGUCAGUUAUCUCCCUCGUCCUCUUUUCUCUGCUUGCUACCUUAUCCAUAUCAUCCAUCGAUGCUCUUAGCAAUAUGAAGGCAACUAUGACGAUCAACGGCUUCCAGGAGGGCGAAAGUGGUGGAGGUCCGGCUGAAUGUGACGGAAAGUACCAUUCAGAUAAMACACUCAUUGUGGCAUUGUCCACCCAAUGGUACAAUGAUGGAAAAAGGUGCUUUAAAUCCAUCAAUAUCAACUACAAGGGUAAAAGCGUAAAAGCGAAAGUGGUUGACGAGUGUGACUCAAAUCAUGGGUGUAAAAAUAAUAUCGUGGACGCGUCUGAAGCUGUGUGGAAAGCCCUUCAGGUGCCUAAGAAAGAAUGGGGUGAAACUCAAGUUACGUGGUCAGAUGCAUGAUCGUACUUGAAGCCAAUUCAACAAUGCAUACACAU